AUGGCUUCUUCUUUUUCUUCUAUUCAUUUUCUUCUUGUUCUUCUAUUCAUCUCGUUUUCGUUCUCCAACGCUCAGACACCUACAUCAACUACUUCUAAAAAUGCUGGUAUAAUGUUCGCUCUUGAGAGAGAUCCAUUAACUCUCCAGUAUAUGAUCAAAAUCAACCAAGGAACUCCGCUAGCCGAAGUAAAACUAGUAGUCGAUCUUGGUGGGAGAUUACCUUGGCUUAGUUGUCAUAAAGGAUACAAUUCAUCAUCGCUCCGCCCAGUUAGCUGCAAGUCGCCAGAAUGCUCUCGAGCGGAGGGGCCAGUAAGCAGAUGUGUAUUGUGCAGUGGCACUGCAAAGACCCAUAACGAUUCAUGUAGAAUUUACAUCAGAAAACCGGUAACUCGAUCUGUCGCCAAAGGUGAGCUCAUUUCAGAUCUUGUGAGUGUUGCAGCUAAUCCUGACAGCUGGGGGACACCAGUGUCUUCACCUCGCCGGUGUGCAUUCGGUUGUGCAACUACAGGUAGUAUCUUACAGGAUGUACUAUGUCAGUUUACAUCGACCAAGAACGUGCCAAUCUUUUCUUAUUUCUUCGCAGCAUUUAAUUCUGACCCACGAAAUUGUUUAAGUAUAAUCUAA